GGGGACCCUCACAGUCAUCAAAAGGCAAAGACAUCCAGUGAGAGGUGUUUUACCAACUUCAUACAGAAGAAAAUAAUCUAUUUUGUAGGUGGUCUGCAAACAUGUCAGCCGCUAAAGGAGUAGCAAUUGGAAUCGAUCUUGGAACAACGUACUCAUGUGUAGGGGUGUUCCAGCAUGGCAAAGUGGAGAUCAUUGCCAACGACCAGGGAAACCGGACGACCCCCAGCUAUGUGGCCUUCACAGACACAGAGAGACUCAUUGGGGACGCAGCCAAGAACCAAGUAGCCAUGAACCCUAACAACACUGUGUUCGACGCCAAGCGCCUCAUCGGCAGGAAGUUCGAUGACCAUAUAGUCCAGUCCGACAUGAAACUAUGGCCCUUCAAGGUGGUCAGCGACGGCGGGAAACCCAAAGUCCAAGUGGAGUACAAAGGAGAAACCAAAAGCUUCUACCCUGAGGAGAUCUCCUCCAUGGUCCUGGUCAAGAUGAGGGAGAUCUCCGAGGGCUUCCUGGGUCAGAAGGUCAACAGCGCUGUCAUCACAGUCCCAGCCUACUUCAACGACUCCCAACGCCAGGCAACCAAGGAUGCUGGGGUCAUCGCCGGACUCAACGUUCUCAGAAUCAUCAACGAGCCCACGGCAGCUGCCAUCGCCUACGGCCUGGACAAAGGUUGCCGAGGGGAACGGAAUGUUUUGAUCUUUGACCUCGGUGGCGGAACCUUUGACGUGUCAGUUCUGACGAUCGACGACGGAAUAUUUGAGGUGAAAGCCACAGCUGGGGACACCCACUUGGGCGGAGAGGACUUUGACAACCGCAUGGUCCAGCACUUUGUGGACGAGUUCAAGAGGAAGAACAAGAAGGACAUCAGCAACAACAAGAGGGCCCUGAGGCGGCUUCGCACAGCCUGCGAGAGGGCGAAGAGAACCCUCUCAUCCAGCACACAGGCCAGCAUCGAGAUUGACUCUCUCUUCGAAGGGAUUGACUUCUACACCUCCAUCACCAGGGCCCGUUUCGAGGAGCUGAACUCCGAGCUCUUCAGGGGAACCCUGGAACCUGUGGAAAAAGCUCUCAGAGACUCUAAAAUGGACAAGAGUCAAAUCAACGACAUUGUGCUUGUUGGGGGCUCAACUCGCAUUCCAAAAAUCCAGAAACUCCUGCAGGACUUCUUCAAUGGCAGAGAUCUGAACAAGGGCAUCAACCCAGACGAGGCCGUGGCGUACGGAGCUGCGGUGCAGGCCGCCAUUCUCAUGGGCGACACCUCAGAGAACGUCCAAGACCUGCUGCUGCUGGAUGUGGCCCCACUCUCCCUGGGCAUCGAGACAGCCGGAGGAGUCAUGACGCCCCUGAUCAAACGCAACACCACCAUCCCUUCCAAGCAGACGCAGAUCUUCUCGACGUACGCGGACAACCAGCCUGGCGUGCUGGUCCAGGUGUACGAGGGGGAAAGGGCCAUGACCAAAGACAACAACCUCUUGGGGAAGUUCGACCUCGUCGGCAUCCCCCCAGCUCCUCGCGGGGUACCACAAAUAGAGGUGACCUUUGACAUCGACGCUAACGGCAUCCUGAACGUGUCAGCGGUCGACAAGAGCACCGGCAAGGAGAACAAGAUCACCAUCACCAACGACAAGGGCCGACUGAGCAAAGACGACAUCGACCGGAUGGUCCAGGAGGCCGAGAAAUACAGAGCGGACGACGACCUCCAGCGGGAGAGGGUGACCGCCAAGAACGCCCUGGAGUCGUACGCGUACAACAUGAAGGGUAGUGUGGAGGAUGAGAAGCUGAAGGGCAAGAUCAGCGAGCAGGAGAGGAGCAUGGUCCUGGAGAAGUGCAAAGAAGCCAUCGCCUGGCUGGACAGCAACCAGCUGGCGGAGAAGGAGGAGUUCGAGCACCAGCUGAAGGAACUGGAAAAGGCGUGCAGCCCAGUGGUGGCCAAGCUGUACCAGGGAGGAGGGGCUGCCCCUGGGGGAGGCCAGGGACAGGGACAGGGGCAGGGGCAAGGCGGAUCCCAAGGACCCACCAUCGAGGAAGUCGAUUAAGCUGAACUAAGCUAUAGGACUGUUAAGAGGGAAGAGGCACGCACAGAAGAAGAGAAGCAUUAGCCCACUUAAACAUGGACCCUAUAUUAAGUUUGGGACUGUAAAGAAGAAAUGUGCUCGCUCUCUCUCUCACUCACUCACUCACAC